AUGCAGAAGAUCAAAAUGCAUGGCUUGGUCGGAGACCUCUGGCCAAACAUAAGACUCAUGCAACUGACAGGUCACUGGCUACUGGAAUAUCAUGAAGAAACUGGAGGAAUGGUUCGGCUAAUACGACUGGGAUAUUGUUGGCUGACAACAUUCUUGGUGGUGAUGCAGUUUGCCUUUCUUACUUGCUUCCUCAUCUUGGAUACCUACGAUGCCGAUCAGAUGGCAGCAGCCACCAUCACUACUCUGUUUUUUCUUCACAGCGUCACUAAAUUUGGAUAUUUUGCUGUCAGAAGCAAAUAUUUCUACCGAACCUUUGGAGCAUGGAAUCAGGUAAAUUCACACCCUCUCUUUGCCGAAUCCAACGCCCGACACCGAGCGACCGCCCUAUCACGUAUGAGGAAAUUGCUUAUGAUAAUUGGUGUUAUCACAAUACUCUCAGUUAUGGCAUGGACGACUGUAACUUUCCUUGGGGAUCCUCAUCGGGAAAUCACUGAUCCCGAAGAUGUCAACAGUACCAUCACGGUAGAAAUGCCACAACUCAUGGUCGACGCCUGGUACCCCUGGGAUGCUAGAUCGGGAUUUUGUUUCUUGGCAACAUUUGUGUAUCAGCUUUACUGGUUGUUCAUCUCACUAAGUCAUGCCAAUCUUCUCGACAUCCUGUUUUGCUCUUUCGUCAUAUUCGCCUGUGAGCAGCUGAAGCAUCUGAAGGAAAUUCUGCAACCUCUGAUGGAACUCAGCGCUACAUUAGACAGCGUUGUACCCAAUUCCGGGGAACUGUUCAGAACAGGGUCCACAGGCUCGAACAUGCCUCUAGUUGAGAACGAUGGUAACGAUUUCGACAUUCGUGGAAUCUACAGUAACCGAGGCGAUUUCUCCGGGUUCGGGCAGACAGGAGUGUCAACUAUUCAGGCGAACGGGAAUGGUAUUGGACCGAAUGGUCUCUCCAAGAAACAAGAAUUACUGGUUCGUUCUGCUAUCAAGUAUUGGGUCGAACGUCAUAAGCACGUUGUCAAAUUUGUUUCGAGCAUUGGGGAUGCUUAUGGUUCCGCUCUGCUUCUCCACAUGUUGACAAGUACAGUCACCCUCACACUGCUCGCUUACCAGGCUACCAAGAUUGAAGGCGUCGAUGUGUAUGCUUCCACUGUUAUUGGUUAUUUGCUGUACACCCUCGGUCAAGUGUUCGUAUUUUGCAUUCAUGGCAACGAGCUUAUAGAAGAGAGUUCAUCGGUGAUGGAAGCGGCGUACAGUUGCCACUGGUACGAUGGAUCCGAAGAAGCCAAGACGUUUGUGCAGAUCGUCUGCCAGCAGUGCCAGAAGUCUUUGACAGUCUCAGGAGCUAAAUUCUUUACUGUUUCACUCGACCUUUUCGCCUCGGUUCUUGGUGCCGUGGUGACAUACUUCAUGGUGUUGGUACAACUCAAGUAAAAGUGUUGUAAAAAAAUGUUUUUUUUGUUUGUUUUAUUCAGUAUUUGUUGAUUUUUUUUUCCUCUUGUUAAUAACAAUUGACCACAUUGUUUUAUAGAAGAAAACAAGCGUGUCUUAUCUUUAACGGGUGUUGUGUAAGGAGGAACAACAUGUAAACGUUAUUAUAUUCUGGGAAAGUCAAUACAAAAGUGCUUAGGCUCAUUUUGUUGUUGACAUUUGAUUUAAUUAAGUGCUUAAGGAGACCUUAGGUAGUUAUUUUGUUCCAUUUUU